GUUAUGGUCAUGCUGGCACUCUGGGGCAUGAUUUUGACCCUGUCCUCUGUGGCUGGAAGCUGCCCUGAGUCGUGUGAAUGCACGGACAACUCCACUCUCAGCUGUCAGGACAAAGAGCUUGAGACACUCCCGUCCCUCCCGCCUGGGACCACAGAGCUCUACGUCGCUCACAACCUCAUCGACUCGCUUCCCACCCAUGGGCUGGAAGAACUUAAGAUUCUAGAUCUGAGCAAGAACCGGCUCAAUGUCUCCAUCUCAACCAAUGCUGUCCUCCCGGACAUGAGGAAUCUGGACAAGCUCUUCCUCAGAGGCAACGGGUUGGGUACGCUGGCCCCAGGACAGCUCCAAGGCCUCACCAACCUGACGUUCCUGGACCUCAGCGAGAACUACAUCCAGGCCCUGCUGCCUGGGUCUCUGAAAGGGCUGCUGAACCUGGAGACACUUAUCCUCAGCCUGAACCGGAUCCAUACCCUGCAUCCCGAUGCACUGGAGGGUGCUCCAAGGCUUUCUGCCCUCCACCUGAUUGGCAAUAUCAUAGAAGAACUGGAGGAGGGUGUGUUGGAGAACUCCACAAGUCUUGAGAUACUGACUUUGUCCAGGAACAAUUUACAUAACAUGAGUAAUGGGUCCCUAAGGGGGGCUACAGGCCUUAAGCACCUGGACCUAAGGGGCAACAGUCUGGAAUCAGUGCCUGUGGCUGCCCUAAAGGAUACCCCCAAUCUUCAGAAUUUAUACCUACAGACCAAUUCUCUCUCAAGCCUUUCAGAUUAUGUGUUUGCUGGACUAAAGUCUCUUAAAGUAUUGGAUCUGAGCAACAAUGUCCUGACUUCACUCUCCGAGAGAUCCCUGAAGAACUUAACUGAGCUAACUCGGCUGGAUUUGAGCUUCAACAGGCUUUGGUCCCUUCCCUCUCUGUUGUUCCAAGACCUGGGCAAGCUGGAGAUCUUAGACAUCUACCACAAUACGCUGACGUCCCUCUCAGCGGGCCUUUUCCGCAACAUGACUCUCCUGAAAGAGCUCCAGUUGGACAGCAACAACAUCUCCAGGAUCCCUUCUGACAUUUUUCACGAAACACCUGGGCUCCACGAGCUGCAGCUGGACCACAAUCGACUAGCUUACCUCCCAGCAGACCUUUUCUCCAAGGUCAGAGAGAUGAGGAUUCUGUACUUGAACCAUAACCGACUGUCCAGGAUUCCUAUGACCAUCUUCAGCCGAAUGCGAAAACUACGGGAACUGCACCUGGAUAACAAUUUUCUUGAACCCCUCCCACGCUCAGCCUUCCGAGAGCUCACUAAGCUCAGGACCCUAAAGCUGCACUAUGACCAUAUAUCAACCCUCCACCCUCACUUGUUCACCAACCUCAAGGGACUGAAGGAGCUGUUCCUCAGUGAGAAUAAGAUUAAAGUUCUGCCUGUAGGCUUGUUUAAAGAGCUUGGGAACCUCAAGACACUCUAUUUGGACAACAACCAGCUGACUAGCCUGGCCCCUGAGAACUUUGAGAAUAUGGAAAACCUCAAGGAGCUGCACCUGAGUUUCAACCUCCUCUCUGAACUUCCCGCUAAUGUCUUCCUCUCCCUGGCAGACCUGAAGAUACUCUAUCUCCACAAUAACCGCUUGACAUCCCUACCAGCCUAUAUCUUCAGGCCACUGAUGAGACUGCAGGAGCUUGAUUUAGACAAGAACCAACUUGACAGCCUGCCCCCGGAACUCUUCCAGAGCCUUGAGCAGCUGAAAGUGCUCUACCUCAAUUCCAACCACUUCAAGGCCCUGGAGCAUGGGACACUCUCGCCCUUGCGGUCCAUGGAGGCGGUCUACCUGGAUGGGAACCCCUGGGACUGUGCCUGUGCCUCCAUUCUGUAUAUCAGCAAUUGGACCAAUCGGCAUCCAGCGCUGUUGAAGGACAAGCCCACGUGCCCCAAAAUGGCCGUGCCACUGUCCCAGCCAGCAGAGUCACCUUCUUUGCUCCCCCAGUGUGACAGUGCAUCUGCAUGGCAACCCACCAAUGGACCAUGGCUUCACAUGCUGGCAGUACUCUCAGCUGUGCUCAGGGCUGUGGGUUUCCUGUGAGGUUUCGCACUUGUACUUUUCCAUCCCUUGUGUUUGUGCACAAAACCCUGAUGCACUUGAUCAGAAGUUUUCUCAGUUGUGACCAUUCAGGCUGGGUAGAGGGCCCAAUGAAAAGAUCUGACAUUGGGCCCCACCACCCCAGAAAAUCAAAUGUUCUAAUAUUUUUUUAUGUCAGUUAGGGCCCUAGAAUUAUCCUAAGCACCCCUAGGCCUGCAUAUCGUGCCACUGGGGAGAGCUGUUACAUUUAAUACACUGGCAUAGGUAGUGCUUAAACUACGCAUUUCAAAGUGAUUAUGUUCAAUUACAGGAUGUCUAACUAAUUACCACCUAUUCACUUAUCGCAUUGCUUGCUUACAUUUACUUGACAGAAGUUAUAAAUGAGAAGUUUUCUUAAUUUUACCUGAAAUAUAAUUCAGAUUUUAAGGAUAAAAUAUUCAUAAUUUGAAGGUUUUAUACUGCUAUUGCUAAUGAAAUGUCUAUACUGUGAAACUAUAUCGAUUUCAAUGCGUGAUAAAGCAGUGUGGUAUGUAGAUAAUAGAAUUAGAACGCUUCCAUGUCUGCUAGAAAGUUAUCACUAGGUGUCACUGUUUCUCUAUCAUUUCUGA